GCAUACUCUGAACAAGAAUGGCUUUUUUCAAGUCUUUUCUUCUCUUAGCCCUACUGGCAAUUGCCUCGGAGGCUGCACCGGGACAUGUUUCCCACGGUGAAGCUGACUCCAAGUGCCCCCUUAUGGUAAAAGUAUUGGAUGCAGUGAGAGGGAUCCCCGCAGCCAAUCUGCUAGUGCAAGUUUUCAGGAAUACAGAGGGAAACUGGGAGCUGAUCUCCAGUGGAAAAACCACCGAGCUUGGAGAAAUCCAUAACAUCAUCACAGAUGAGCAGUUCACUGAAGGAGUAUACAAAAUUGAAUUUGCAACAAAGACUUUCUGGAGAAAACUUGGCCUUUCUCCAUUCCAUGAAUAUGUUGAUGUGGUUUUCAGUGCUAAUGACGCCGGGCAUCGCCACUACACCAUUGCUGUUCUGCUCACUCCCUACUCCAUCUCAUCCACUGCUGUUGUCAGUGAACCACACGAUGAUCUGUAAUGACACAAAGUCCUCUUCUACAGACUACUACCAUUUAUGUGCAGAUAAUACACAGUGUUUUUUAGCUAACAUUAUUAUUUUUUAAUCUUUGUAAAACCUUCUACAGUCCAGUUCUAAGUUAUGUUAACCACUGAUAAAUAAACCACUCUUCUGAAACAAA